AUGGAUUUUCCCCGAUGUCUAAAAUCGUAUUUCGGUUUGGGUUGUCUCAUACAUAUGGGUAAACGUGCACUAUUAAGAGAAAAAUAUGGCAUUAUUGAGCAACCCAAUGAUUUUCUUGUCACAUGGUGUUGUCCAGUAUGUGCCAUGUGUCAAGAAGCGCGAGAAUUAAAAAGAAGAGAUACAGAAAUUAAACUUCUGAAUGAGACUACAGCCUAUACCAAAGAUAUCAUAAAAAAUGGUAUCAAACAAAAAACAAUAUGGGGAAGAUUAUACACGAGUAUUGGUAUUGGUGAUAAUAAUGCAAAUCGUAAAUGUAUCUACGACGCAUGGAUUAAAAAUCGAUGGAACGUACAAGCUGUUUUAGAGAGGAAGACGUUGAUUGAACAUUCUAGCCUUUUUUGUUCUACUGAAAAGCCGAGUGAUGUUUGUGACUAUGAGCAGAAAGAUUUGAGUAGCGAAGAAAGUAAUGGACAGGUAGGCUGGCACGUGUAUUUGGGUCAUCAGCAUUAACAAAUUUUAUCAUUUUCAUUCAACUAGUUCAAGGAUGAUAAUAUGUCAAUUGU